GAAAAAAAAUUCUCACCCUCUGGCCCCGACCCCGAGCAACGGUCGCCUCCUCCUCCUCUGCUGCGGCUGCGCUAUCGUCGCUUUUGCUUUCUCGCCCACUCGCCCUGAUUCAAUUCAAACGAGGAUCCGAUCCCGCGACCCCCACCACUCCCUUCACCUCGUCCGCCCUUCCUUCCUCACCGCCCGCGCCGACGUGAUCAGGGAUCAGGCGCUCAGUGAUCGUCACCGCGCACGACUCGUCCGUUCGUCCGUCCCUCAUCGCCGCACCGAUCCGGGCAGGCGGCGUGAGAUGGAGGACGAGGGGAGCGGCGGCCGGAGCCGGGGCCCGGACGGGUUGGCCAUCGCACCCUCCUCUCCUCCGCCGAGGGCCAAGACGGUGAGGAUGUCCGAGGCCCGCGAAUUCAUCAUCCCCUACGCCGCCGACCAGGGCCGCUUCGACGUCGGCCAACCAGAGGGUUCGCCGGAGGCUUCCGCGGGAGCGGCGCAGGACACGCCGGACUACAUCCGGAGGGGCGCCGCGCGGCACAGGGUCGUGCCGCUCAAGCCCUUCUCCGCCCCAGCCUCGCCGCCAGCUGAGGGACCGGCUUCGAGUGAGAGAUGCGGCGCCGCGGGCGGUGGUCGAGCCGUCCCAGGGGGCCCGCAACCGGAAGAGUCUGGAGAGGAUACAUCCGAUUGCUGCGGUGUGUUAAAACAGCAGUACGGUGUGCUUCUGCGGGAGAAGGAGGAAUGCAGGAGGCUGUUAGAGGACCUCAUGAGGGAGAACGUGCUCAAGACUAGGGAGUGCCGUGAAGCCCAGGAGUCUCUCCAUGAUCUGCGGAUGGAGCUGAUGAGAAAGUCCAUGCACGUUGGCUCACUAGCCUCUGCAGUUGAAGGGCAAGUGAAAGAGAAGAGUCGUUUGUGUCAAUUACUGAAAGAAUUGAGCGAAAAAUUUAUGGUAUUAAAGUCAGAGCACCAGAAUCUAAGACAAGAAUCAGUAGAGUACAGAAAAUGUGUGUUAGAUGCUUCACAAAUGUCUGCAGCAAUUCAACAAUAUGUGAGUCGAUAUGUAAGUCUGGAAUGUGAGUUUAAAGACCUCAAAGAGAAGUUCAAUGAGGAGGCAAAGGAGCGGAAAGACUUAUACAACAAGCUUAUAGAGCUAAAGGGCAAUAUAAGAGUUUUUUGUCGGUGCCGACCACUUAAUGCAGAAGAAAUAGCAGAAGGAGCUUCGUCAGCCAUUGAUUUUGACUCUGCAAAAGAUGGAGAGCUCAUUGUUAGGGGUCAUGUAUCGUCCAGAAAAAUAUACAAAUUUGAUUCUGUCUUCAGCCCUGAAGAAGACCAAGAAAAGGUUUUUGAGAAAACUGCGCCAUAUGCAAUUUCUGUGUUGGACGGAUUUAAUGUUUGCAUCUUUGCUUAUGGGCAAACUGGUACUGGUAAAACAUUUACCAUGGAAGGGAUUGAAGGUGCUCGUGGUGUUAACUAUCGAAUUCUAGAAGAACUUUUUCAAAUAAUCAAAGAAAGGGAGGGCACAUUCCAAUAUGAGAUUACUGUCAGUGUAUUGGAGGUGUACAAUGAGCAGAUUCAUGAUUUGCUACUGACAGGAUCUCAACCAGGAGCAACAACAAAAAGACUAGAAGUAAGACAAGUUGGAGAAGGGGCUCACCAUGUACCAGGACUUGUUGAAGCACGAGUGACUAACAUGAAAGAAGCUUGGGAAGUACUACGCACUGGCAGCAAAGCUAGAGUCGUGGGUUCCACAAAUGCUAAUGAGCAUAGUAGUCGAUCUCACUGUAUACAUUGUGUAAUGGUCAAAGGAGAAAACUUGAUGAAUGGAGAAUGUACAAAGAGCAAAUUAUGGCUAAUUGACCUUGCUGGAAGUGAACGGGUAGCAAAGACCGAUGCACAAGGAGAAAGAUUGAAAGAAGCACAGAAUAUAAACAAAUCACUUUCUGCACUUGGUGAUGUCAUAUCCGCUCUUGCAACAAAGACCUCACAUAUACCCUUUAGGAAUUCGAAGCUAACACACUUGCUACAAGACUCAUUAAGUGGAGAUUCCAAAACUUUGAUGUUUGUUCAAAUCAGUCCUAAUGAGAACGACGUGGGUGAAACUCUUUGUUCAUUGAACUUCGCGAGCAGAGUACGAGGCAUAGAGCUUGGUCAGGCUAAAAAACAAGUCGAUGUUGGAGAAUUGUCAAGAUACAAGCUCAUGGUUGGGAGAGCCAAACAGGAUAGCAAGAACAAAGAUGCUCAGAUUAAGAGUAUGGAAGAAAGGAUACAAGCACUUGAAGUGAAGAAUAAGGCCAAAGACUUGCUCACCCUGAAUCUCCAAGAGAAGAUCAAAGAGCUGGAAUCCCAGCUUCUAGUUGAAAGAAAGAUAGCACGGCAGCACGUCGACAACAAGAUUGCCCAGGAUCAUCUGCAGAAGCAGCACGGCAUGAAAGAAGAGAACAACUCGUACCUGAGAAGCCCAAUGGCCGAGAGGAACCUCAACUCCACAGCAGAGAAAGCAGCAGCAACACCUAAAGGCCUGUGCAUCUCCAAGCAGAUGUUCUCCGACAGCAACACCGACGCCUACAGCUUCAAGCAGCUGAUGUCACUAGGGGAGGAGGAGGAGAAGGAGAACAACCCUGAAGCCGCCGCGCAGCUGCCGGCGCCCAGUACGAAAGCGAGGCGAGUCUCGCUCGGCAACGGCGGAGGUUACCAGCAGCCGCUGAAGCCGAUUUCGCGCCGGACGUCCCUGAUACCGCUUCCGCGCCACAACUCGCUGCUGCCAAUGCCCACAGCAGCAGCAGCAGCAGUGUCGCCGCUUGACAGGAUCACGGAGAACCUGUCGUCGCGCUCGCCCUCGCCGUGCUCUCCUCCGGUCGUCUCCGUCGACAAGGGCAGCCGGAGUAGAAGGGUCAGCAGCCUCCUGCGCCGAAGCCUGCAGAAGAAGGUAGUCAUCAGGCCGUCAGUGGCGGCGCAGGCAGCGAAGAAAGCCGGUGCUGCUGCACCUGCUGCUCAAGGGACUGACAGUAGUGCACGCAGAGCGGCUCGGCGAGUGCCUGCGAGCGGCGGCGGUGUUGGUGGGCAGAAGGUGGGCAACAGAACAGGGACAAGGAGCGGGGGUGGAACAACGGGACGAGCCUCAGGAAUUUCUGACCAGUAAAAGGAGUGUUCUGUUAGAUUGCUUGUACAAAAUUCAGGUGAUGCUCGGUUUGAGUUUGUGAGUUCUCGCGUAUUGUGAGAGAACUCUACGAAUUGCUGCCGGCUACAGUCAGUCUCACAAACUUGUGUGAUGCUGUAAAACCACUUCGUGCUGAUUUUCAUUUGGAGGGUUAUCAUUGUCAUUGAGAAUCCGUC